AUGAACAGUGAGCAGGCGGCCGCUGGAGCAGCUGCUGCCGCUCAUAACAAAUUCAUGAUCAUCGGCAAGAAGCAGAGGUAUAUUGAGGUUUUCCAAUGCUCUCCCGACGACAUGCACUUGGUGAUGGCUCCCACAGCGCCAGCGCCUGUACCGCCACCUCCUCCUAUUAUGAUGCCGCAAAGACCAACUUUUGUGUCAAACAUUCCCGGCUUAGUACCGAUGUCAGCUCCGAUGUUCUGGCCGUAUCCAUCACCUCCUGUUUCGCCUAAUAUGGUUAUACCGGGACAGGUUAAUCAACUUGUCGUCUAUGGUAUUGGCCCCAAUGUUGGUUUACCUGACAUAAUCGCCCAUUUCCAAACUCCAGACGUGGUUGUUGAGAAUGUGAUGUUCACUCGAGUAGCUCAAGGCAAUAUUCCCGGCGAAGCAGUGGUGACCAUCAGAUCGCGAACACCGUCUGAUCCACCGGUGGUUGCGAUCGAUCCACAGUUUCUUCAGAAGGUUCCGAUAGAUGCACAAUUCAUGCCUACCGCUGUGCCGAUGACUCUGCCACAAGCCCUACCGCAUCAACCAAUUUACACCCUUAUUCAGUCCUAA